UCUCUGCGUUAGAGUCUGCCACACGGUGGAGCAAAGCUUAACCAAACUUUCCCUGUAACAUUUGACAACACCCCAAUCCCCUUAAGAACCGACAAAAAAGUUUGACAUUUCCCACCUUAAGGCAUUUAUCAUCUCCAAUCGCCAGUUUGGCUCCACUUUUACUACUUGACAUUUUAUUUUUUUUUACGCAACAAGUCUGUUCCCUUCUUUUCCCACACUGAGAGCAAACCAGAAAUGCCGUCGCCACAUUAGUCGCCGUGGCCGCCCGGUGUGCCGCCGCAGUGACUCGGGCUGCCAUGCUCGUGUCUAACGCGAGCCUGAGCGGCUGCGCGGAGUUCAACAGCGCCCUGUGCGCCGGAGCCGGAGAAUGGCACCCGGGGGGCGGUACGCUCCGGACCACCCUAAGCCCAACGGGGCACCUCGUCGUGGCCGUGUGCCUCGGCUUCAUCGGUGCGUUCGGACUGCUGAACAACCUUCUGGUGCUGGUUCUGUUCUGCCGCUACCAGAUGUUGCGCUCCCCCAUUAAUCUGCUGCUCAUCAACAUCUCCAUCAGCGACCUGCUGGUGUGCGUCCUCGGGACUCCGUUCAGCUUUGCUGCCAGCACGCAGGGACGCUGGCUCAUAGGAGAGAAGGGCUGCGUGUGGUACGGCUUUGCCAACUCCCUUUGCGGAAUUGUGUCCCUGAUCUCCUUGGCUGUCCUCUCGUAUGAACGCUACAGCACCAUGAUAACCCCCACUAAGGCCGACUCAUCCAACUACCGCAAGAUCUCCCUGGGCAUCCUUCUUUCUUGGGUCUACUCCCUGUUGUGGACCCUUCCGCCUCUCUUUGGCUGGAGCCACUAUGGCCCAGAGGGUCCUGGGACCACCUGCUCUGUUGACUGGACAGCUAAGACAGCAAAUAACAUAUCUUACAUCAUCUGCCUGUUUGUGUUCUGCCUCAUCGGGCCCUUUCUGGUGAUCGUCUUCUGCUAUGGAAAACUGUGGUGCGCCAUUAAACAGGUGAGCGGGAUCAAUACAUCACUUAGCAAGAAGCGUGAGCAGCGGGUCUUGUUCAUGGUAGUGAUCAUGGUGAUCUGUUACCUACUGUGUUGGCUGCCAUAUGGGAUCAUGGCCUUGUUGGCUACCUUCGGGCCGCCUGGCCUUGUCACACCUGAAGCAAGCAUCAUUCCCUCAGUUCUGGCCAAGACGAGUACAGUUAUCAACCCGGUCAUCUAUGUCUUCAUGAAUAAACAGUUUUAUAGGUGUUUCCAAGCCCUGCUACACUGUGAAGCUCCUCGUGGAAGCUCCAGCAUGAAGAGCUCCUCCAAGGCUGCUACCAAGGCUAUGAAGGGGGUAGCAGUGACCGGCCCUCGUCGAACCAACGAUUUGUUAUUUAUGGUUGCCUCUCUGGGUCAACCUGCCGCUACAGUUCCCCAGCUGGGGCCGUCCUGUGAACCAACCAUUGAUCUCACCAAGGCACCAUCUUCUGACAACCAACCUGUGGUUGUGGUAUCACUAGUGGCCCAAUUUGAUGGCUAAUGAGUGGAUAAUGCUGUGAAAUCUCCAAAUCCUUGCCCUGAUAGUCUUUAAUGAUAAAGGAGGAGGUGUGUCAGAGCUCAGCGAGCAGCAGCUUCCUUCUGCAGGGGGAUUUAAAGCAGCUCUGACGUCAUCGCUGAAUUGGUCCUGGUGUCAGACUGAGAACAAAGGGAAACCGUGAAAUGCCUCUGGACAACAUGAGCAAAAAUCUACAGCAGUGAACAAUGAACACCUUGGAGCCUGUGUUUAUCUGCAAAAAAUAGGAGUUUUAAACAUUUUUUAUUUUGAUGAAGCACUGUUAUAAAAAAAGGAAAAUAUCUGAAUCAUUUCAAGGGCCUAAUGUGUUUUGUAGCUGAAGAAGGACUGAGUUAUAUUUUUAUAUCGAUUUGUUAGUGACAGCAAUUCAAGUGCAGUAAAGAAACUUUGGUUAAUUAUGACCCAAAGUCUUUUAAGGUUUUGUUACUAAAGGUAAGUCUUUGACAAAAAGAUUGAGGCACAAGAAACACUGUAAAUAUUACUUUAGAUCUUUAAUCUUCUUUAUUUUCUUGCCAUUUUAUUUUUAGAAAUACAGCCUGCAUCAAACUGAACCUUAUUUAAAUUAGGGACUUUUAUAUGUAGCAUUGCUUUUGUAGCAUGCUUAGGACUUUGGAGUUCCUGUGAAGUGACAUGGCUAUCAGUAAUAAUCAUGCAUCCAAGCCAUUACAGUGUAUUGCAUAUUAGUUGAAGCAUUGGUUGAAUAAAGUUUCGUAAUUAGGGGAGUGGCAGCCUACUGGUUAGGGCAUUGCGUUUGAA